AUGGGUGUUGUCCCUUACUCUCAAGAGUUCACAUCUGCCGUCGCUCCAUCGAGGAUGUUCAAGGCUUUGGUCCUUGACUCACACAACAUCCUUCCCAAGAUUGUCCCUGAGGGCAUUAAGAGCGUCAAGUUUGUCGAGGGAGAUGGCGGAGUUGGCAGCAUCAAGCAAACUAACUUUGGGGAAAGUGCUCACAUCAGGUACAGAAUGCACAAGAUUGGUGCUCUUGAUGUUGAGAACUUAUACUGCAAAUAUACUUUGAUUGAAAGUGAUAUCAAGUUCGACAAAAUUGACUGCAUUGUCGAUGAGGUGAAGUUCACAUCAGCUAAUGGUGGAUGCGUCUGCAAGAUGACUAGCGACUAUCAUGUUAAGGAAGGUGCAAAGCUCAAGGCUGAGCUCAAGGAAGUUGACAUGAAGCCAGGCAAGGACAUAGCUAUGGGACUAUUAAAGUCCUUCAAGGAGUAUCUCUUGGCAAAUCCUGAUAUUUGCGCUUAA